AUGGAGGUUAGGAGAGGGAAUGACAGGCUGAUGACUAUUAAGCUAGUUGUUGAAGGUUUUACUUUGAACAUAAUCAGUGCGUACACACCCCAAGCAGGCUUGAAUGAGGAAGUCAAGAGGCGUUUCUGGGAGAAUUUGGAUGAGAUGGUGCGUGGUAUCUUAUAUACCGAGAAGCUUUUCAUAGGAGGAUAUUUCAACGGCCACAAUGGAGCGACGUCUGGUGGUAUAAUGAUAUGCAUGGUAGCUUUGGUUUUGGAUAUAGAAACGGAGGAGGAACCAAACUCGAGUUUUUCGAAGAAGAUGGAGCACUUGGUCACCUUCCAGAGUUCGGUGGCCGAGACUCAGAUUGAUUAUUUACUCUGCAAUGAGUCUGAUAGAGGUCUUUGCAUGGAUUGCAAGGUUAUCCCGAGUGAGAACCUCUCGACCCUUUAUAGGCUCUUAGUCAUAGACCUUGAGAUCAUGAGGAAGAGGAGGAAGAGGGCGAUGUAA